UUUCUCUAAAUAAUUAUCAGUAUUUUAUACAAAAUGUAUCGAUGGAGGUGAAGAUAAUAAGUGCAUGUAAUAAAGUAGAAUUAAAAGAAAGUAGAAGUGGUGAAUGAAUGAAGAUAAGAAAAGAAAAAUGGUGAGACAAGUCACUAAAUCACGCCGCUUACUAACCACCCUGUAGUGCUGCUGCUUCCUCAUAAAUUAAAUGCUUGUUCCAUCCACACGCUGCAAGCAAUUAAUCCACAACAUUUUCUCUGCUUUUUCUCCCGGCAAAGCGUUAAUCUCACUCAGUACUCAUUCUUUUCCUUCUACCACUCUGCUGCAUGCAUACGAUAAGUUCUCAUUAAUUGCACUUCUCAUUAUCACUUCAAUUCUUUCACUUCAGGUACUAAUUUAUCUCUCCCCACACCCAAAGAAUGUUUUUGCUUCAGUUUUAUCAUCUCAUCAAUGCAUCCAAAUAUUUUCUUUCACUUCCUUCCCCACAAAAAUCUAACUUUACCCUCUGUGUUUCACACUACCACUAUCACUCUAUAUACUAAGAAAGCAUGGUGGAAGCAUAUCAAAUUUUUAAAGACAAAGAAUCUCCCUGUUCUGGGCCUUUUCCCUUUCCUUUUGUUCAAUUUAUGCGGCAAUUGAGUUGGUAUAUGUCUCUCCCUUUAAUUCAUCAGGCCCAGCAAGCACACGUUCAGAACAAAAGAAAGCUACAAGUUUAACUAAUGAAACAGAGAAAUGUGUUGACAGCUUUUUAGCAGGAUGAGGCAUUGAGCCUGAGCAUAAUUAAUAAGGUUACGUGCCGCACAUAAAUCCUAGGAAGUUAGCAGGUUUUGACAAGUUUCGAGUAAUUUUAUUUUUCCCUCACUUUUUGUCUUCUCUUUACUUCCCUGCAUUUCGUACGACUAUUUAAACUCUCAACCUCAAACCAGCAUCACACCGAACAUUUACUACUACCUCCAAUACUCAAGAUAAACUCACUUUUCAUCUUAGUUCUAACACUUACCUCCCUGUACAUUAACUAGCACCCCGUUUAUCCGAUGGCUUGCUUCUCUUGUACCUAAACAAGCGUGCUUCUUUCUUCAGCUUUUGCAGGUUAAGCAGAUUGAGAGCACUUCAGAAAUCAGAAUGAAAGUUGGGUUAAAAAGUGCCAAAGCUCGAAGCUUUUGCAUGGUCUCUGUUGCCUCGCUCUUUGCCAUGCUUUUAGUGAGGGGUGUGCUAAUUCACAUGGAAGGUGAGAGGGACGCAGGCAUGGCAAAGAUGUUUUUCUCCAAAGGAAACCAAACAGUAAUCACCUCACGGAAGCUGCUGCAAUCUGCAGAUAAUGGUGGCUUGAGCCACAUAGGAAUGGUGUGCUCAAAGGAGGACAUAGUGAUAUAUCAGGGGGAAGUGCCCCCUCUUCCCACGGGGAUUCCUUCGUACACAGUUCAAAUAAUGAACAUGUGCGCCACUGAUUGCGACAUAGCAAAUAUAAGCCUUCACUGCGGGUGGUUCAGCUCAGCACGUUUGAUAAACCCCAAAGUGUUUCGUAGAAUGGGAUACGAUGAUUGCCUCGUCAAUGAUGGAAAACCUCUUGCCUCGGGAAAAACCGUCUCCUUUCAAUAUUCCAACACUUUUCGCUACCCUCUCUCCGUUUCAUCUGUUGUUUGCUCCUCAUGAGCUACCACUUUUCAUCUACUUGUAACUUGGAACACCCAUUAAA